UGCCCUGUGACGCAACAAGGGCCCCCCUAGCACCCAAGAACUGGGCGCAGCAUUGCUGGUUGGCAGCCGCGACCAACCUUGCCAGACAGGGUCAGGACCAGACAACAGACCGGGGCAGCUUUUCCCCCGACUCGUCAUCCCAAUCUUUUCCGACGACCUCAUGUUGAUUGAUUCUCGUCGCACAGCACUAGAGAGAGAGAGCCUUUACGCAGACGGCCUCUCCCAGCUAACACCAGCUAGCUACUCAAGCACACAGGACUCUGGGCAGGCCGAUAGGCAGCAGAUAUGCCGAUAGGAUAGAAUAUCUUGGAACGCCACCCUCCUCGCACACCUCCUCACAGGCCUCCUCCCAACCACACAGCACUCGUGCCCGAAGCAAUGGUCUUGCAAUCUCGAGAAACCCAAACCCCUUUACAACAAGGCUGUCGCAUCUCCACCUCACCUUGACAGCUCGCUGCUGGCCCUCACCCGGGCCCCCAGGGCUUAGGCCAAGCCAUUCCUGCUUCCUCGAUCCUCCCAUCUCGACGCCCAACCCACACACCGAGGCAGUGACCUCGAGUCGCCGACAUGCUGUCCCAUUUUAGGAUCCAUCGACGCGGCCCCUCCAACCCCUCGUCGCCUCUGCCCGACCAAUUGAGCCCUCUCGAUCAUGCCGAGCAUGCCCACCCGGCCCACGACCUCUCGGGCCGUCCAGACCUGUUGAGCAGGCCCACAAAUGCCGCCAGCACUCCUCCCCUUCAUCCGGCCGGCCCUCGAGUAGACCCCGACCCUGCGCCUGACAGGAAGACCUCUGAGCAGUCCUUGAAGGAUUCCUCCUCGUCUCCCUCUAUCAAAUCCCCGCAAAGUACCGCCGACUCCGGCUUCAUGGGUGGCCUUGCCCUCGAAAAUUACCGCCGUGCCUUCGCCUCGAAGCGCGAAGACUCGUCUGCAGCUGUCCGUCAGGCACCAGCUGCCCAGCAAUCCCAACGGUCCAAGCCGCUCCCGCCGCCCAUAAACACCAACUUGUCCUCCGCCCGCCCGUCUCCCGUCCCCGUCAAGGAGCUGAGGUCCCGCUCGUCUUUCGUUGCCCCCACCGAACUGCAGAACAAUGCCGGCGCUACGGGCAAGAGGCCCUCCGGCACCCGGCUCACAUCCGAGCCCGCCGCUGUCGCCUCGUCACAGUCUGUCGUGGAGUCGCAAAAGGGCAAGAAGGGUCUUCCCUUUCUCAAGAACCCCAUGUCCGGCCUUUUGAUGCGCCGCAAAGCUUCACAGAACGCCCCCGACCUUCGACCGCUGCCGCUGCCCCAGAAACCUGCCGAGGCUACUUACGACCCUCGCAUCAGGGGUACCAGAGUCCACGACUUCAGUGCUCCUAGACAGCGCGUCGUUCCUACCAGGAAAACCACAGUGCCGGGCGCUGAGGUCUGGAGCGGACCCCAGGGCUCGUCGUCCACGUGUCCCGUCUACGACCAUGUGUCACGCAGCGAGACUGGGAGGAGUAGCAGCGCCGUGUCAGAAAAGACCCAGCCUGGGAUAUCAGACACGGAAUCGCAGAGACCGCAUGACCUUUCGAAAGAGUCAUCCAUGAAGUCGGCGGCAGAACUGAAACGUGUCUCGUUGGACGACAAACCGCUCCCAGCGGAGCCUGAGCCCUCGGCGCCGGCUGUCGGGGCCCAGCGCUCUGCUUCUCAAAGCUCAGGGCCCAGUGCCACAGCAAACACCGAGUCGAUGGCCAAGGCGAAUCCGUCGACCAGGACGAACAAAUCGCGACACAUUUCACUAUCCGAAGGCUCUGUAAAGGAUGGAGUUGCGCUUGCUUUACCAAAGCACAUGAAGAGCACAUCAUCGCGAUUCAGUUUCGACAUGAUGGGUGCGGCGCGGGCGGAAAAGGCACUGGAAGAGCGCCACAGGCAGAAGGAGCUGGAGAGGAAAGCAAAUAACCCGACCAACAGGGAUUCGAGAUUCGACGACUUUGACGAGGACUCGUUCGACUAUGAUGCAGCUAUGGCAGAGGAUGGGUACGAGGAGGAUAUCCCCAUGGUUGGCGACGAUGACUUCCUUGAAGACGACGCCUUUUUCGAGGAGGACGUUCCGGUCGUAGGUGACGAUUUGAUUGAAGACGCGGAGGACGACCCCGACAACGACCAAGAAAAUUUUGCCGGCUUCGUGUUCCAAAGGUCAAAUCCACAGUCGUCACUAGCAAGCCCUGCGACGGGGCCACUGCUUGCCACUCCACGAGAUGCGACAGGCAAGGCUAUUGGAUAUGCCAUGACGAAGGAUACAACACCAGAGAUACAAUCUGCAACCUCGCCACUUGCAAAUAGUGAGAUCCCCAUAAAUCCGGAGGAGUCACCCAACGCUGUCGAUCUCGGCACUCAAGGGUCGGAGCCUCCGCGGAAGACUGCAUAUGAUCCCACUGUCUUCCGGGAAAGAAGACAUCAGCCCGUUGACGAUGCAGGCCUCGGGGUAACGGCAGACAAAGAGCUGUAUUUUGACGAAGGGCUGCUGGAAGAGCUGAGGUUGGAGGCGGACGAGAUACAAGCAUCUACCUUUGAUGAGUCUCUUUUUGACAUCGACGACACAGACCAAUAUGGCCGCCCUAUACCAGGCGCCUUCGCUCAAGCUCAAGCUCAGGCCACAAGAGCGGUCCAAGACCAGGAAGGGAGGAAACGCGAGUCCGAUCUGGCUUCAGCAUCUGGUUUGUCUGGCUCGACAGCCCAUACUUCGGUGAGCCUGGGCCUGCAGCCUAUGCCGUCGAUGACGGAGAAGGGGAAAGAGUUGUCCUCUCAUAACGAUGCUCCUACUGUCACUUCUCCAUCCCAGAAUCCCACCGAAGGCAAGGUUGCCGCUUACCAGGCUGCUCUGGCCGAAGCUGCUCACAAAGCAGCCGCGUCCGGUUGGAAGUUCAAGUGGGAGGAUCAGCCAGCGGCGCCUCCGUCCCCAUCCCCGUCUCCACCUCUGCCGCAGCCUUCGCCACCGGCUGAUUCUGCCGACCUGGAUGUCACGAUUACAUCGCCUACAACGGGUUCACAGCCAAACAGCGGUGGGCAGGUGAUUGACAAUAGUACCCUUGGCGGGUACGAUGAAUAUGCUGAUUAUGAUGAUGGCUUCGGGGGAGGGUUCGACGACAACUUUGACGACGACUUUUUCGACGACGACUUCAUUGCCGAAGCGAACGCAGAAGCGCUGGCCUACGACUCAGAUGGGUUUUAUGGGCAAGAGUUCGGUUUCUACUCUGCACCCGUCCCGCAAGGCCCUGGGGGCUCAAAAGCCGGCGGCUCGUCACUAACCGCCGACAAUGUCUACGGUGGUUACUUCGGCCCGUCUGGGGUCGGCCGUACCAAGAGCGGCCGUGUGGUCAGUCGCGAGCCGAACCUGACUCCCAUUACAGAGCGAUCCGAGUAUUCCAAUCGCAACUCUAUUAUGAGUCUCGGCCUCCCAAUGGGAACCUCGGAAGGACGAAAUUCCCUCCAGAGCCCCGGACUGGCACAGCUGGCCAUGAUGACCGAUGAUGGCAAGAUGACCUUGGCCGAGCUCCUGCGCUUGCGUAGCAGGGCGUGGGGAGGCAGCCAGGUCAGCCUGAGCUCGUCGAGGGAAGGAAGCCCACGAUCAGAGCGAGCACCUCCUGGUGAGCGGUUUGAGGGCACGUCCAGCCCAGCACCGUGGGAAACCGGGAGGCCGCAUUCCCACAUAGGCCUGCCUGGCGGCGCGCACGCCAGGCAAAACUCGGGGUUCUCAUUAUGGAGCAAUUCGGAUGCUGCGAGCGGUGCGGGAAGCCCAACAGUGGCCAUGGGGUUGUCAAUGCCAAACAGCUCCGUACCACCCCAGCCGCUCUUCUCGCCCCCGCCCCCGCCUAUGCCACAGCCGUCUUCUGGGCUGCAAUGCCCGCCCGUAAUCGAAGACGAAGAGGAGGUUUCCAGCCCGAGUCUUUCAGCCAAAAGCCCAACGGUAGACCUCGCCCGCGAGGGCGAGGACGCAUACGGGGCGAAUGCCACACUUGAAAGCGUUGUCAACCCCCCUGAUGCCGCGACAGCCCCGCCUCCGGCACCUCUUGGGUCACCUCCGGCUCCGCCGCCAAGCACGACCAUCUCGCCGCCCUCGAAGCGUCCCGGCCACCGCCACAAGAACUCCGCCGAAAGCAUCUCGUACUCGAUUGACGAGGACAAGGAGAGCGGGGAGACGCGGUGGGUCAUGGAGAGGCGUCGCACGGCGGAGAGCGGCGAGAUCGAGGUGCUGAGGCGGGAGGUUGUGAGUGCUGGGAGCAUCUAGUUAGGCGCUGCCCCCCACCCCCAGCCUCUUGACAGGUCUGUGGCUGGGCUAGCACGGUGUGUUGAAGGGCCCUUACGGUGCUCACGAUAAUGAAAGCAUUAUUAUGCUUAUUUUUCCCAUCAUAGAGAGAAUUACGCUACGGCUAUACAAAAGGGGGUGUUCUUUUAUUUUCUUAUCUUCACUAUUAGGGCUAGGCAUAACCAUAGGCGCUCUUGGGAUCGGAGGGGCAGCGAUCUGCUGUAGUGUGCAGGUAGAUAUAUGGUAAAUUGAAUAUCCUGUGGGAUCAAAAUACAUUCCUCAUUCUUGA